UCCUUCCCAGAAGAGUAGAGGCUGUUAGUGCAACACAGGAGGUACAAUCUUCCUAUUAAUUCACUAAAACAAUAAUUAAUACACCUGAAAAAACACUAGACAGGCUGGUGUCUGGAUAUUUAUAGGCAUGCACUGUAUCAUAAUCUGUUGAUUAGAUAUAGUGAGGGGAAUAAGUAUUCAGACACUUGUUUAAACCAUUUAAUAUACUUGCAUAUGGCUACUUCAAAUUUACAAGCAUAAUGUCUUUUGACUUUCCACUUAUAAAUAUGCACAAAAAAAUCCCCUGGAUGGCAUUAUGGCUCUGAAUUAUAACUGAUUAUUAUUAUGAUGAAUUACAGCUAAGGUGGCCCUGGAGGAAUCCUGGUGACUAAUUUUAGAGUGGCCCACAGCAUUGGAAAAAGAAACGUAAUCUUUGAUAAACCAAUGAGUCAAUUCCAACUGAAUUAUAUAAAGAGCCUUACACAGUCUGUUUUGGAUUGAUGUGUACUGUGGUCCUUUGCCUGUUUCUGUUGCUUGGAUACUGAGGAACUGCUUGACACUCAUACUUUCAAGGACUUGAAGAGAAAGCAGGGAAAACCAGAAGAUGGGUGGCUUGAAAUAACAAUUACAAUUGUAGACUUUUGGUAAAUAUUUCUAUAUUAAAAGUAGCUUUUAUAUUGUGUUCACUACUAAAGAGCACAGUAGGUCAUGGUUCAAAAUGUUUCCAGAAAAAACAUCAAUGAAUUUGUUUUUACAGGAUUUGACACUAUAGAAAAACCAGUGGCUGUUGGUAUUGUCAUACUUACUGUAUACAUUCUUGCAAUGCUUGCUAACUUGGCAAACAUAUGCUUUAUAGUCAUUGAUAAACGUCUACAUCAGCCAAUGUAUGUCUUCAUCUGCAAUUUAGCAAUUGCAGACAUGCUGUACUGUACAUGUUCAUGUCCAACUAUGAUAGGCAUCCUUAUAGUUGGCUAUAAAACCAUAUCUUAUGUACCAUGCAUCUUACAGAUGUAUGGUUUUGGUUUAGGUUUUGUGAUGGAGGUGUUUACAAUUUCUGUCAUGGCUUUUGACCGAUUAAUUGCCAUAAUCAAGCCACUGCGCUACCAUUCAAUUCUGACAAAUGUACAUUCUGUUAUUCUCACUUUCUUGCUGUGGAUCCUGGUUUCUGCUGCAAUAGCAAUUGUUCCUGGUACUGUGGUUCCUUUACCAUUAUGCUCCUCAACUAUAAAGUAUGUUUUUUGUGAUUAUGCAGCUGUUGUCAGAGCCACUUGUGUAGAUCCAAACCCAUAUUUUGAUUUGAUAUCAAGUUUCACCUCUUUCCUGAUGUUUGGAACAUUCAGUUUCAUUUGUUUAUCUUAUCUUAAAAUAGUUAUUGUUGUUGUCAAAAUGACCUCAAUAGGUAGCAAGAAAAAAGUGUUUGAUACUUGUUUAAGUCAUUUAGUAGUGAUAAUCUGCUAUUAUGGACCUACAUUCAUUCUAGCAGUCCUGACCAGGCUUGGGGUAGUUCCCCUUCAGGAACUCGAGUUGCACGUUUUAUCACUUGAGGAAAGAAAUGGUCUGAGAGUUGGGACGAUUCUUGGUCCUUCGUUAGUAAAUCCCUUUAUAUAUUGUUUUAGAACUAAAGAGAUUAGAAAUAAAAUAUUAAGAAUUGUGUCAAAAGUUGAACCAACUGAAUAAAACUUUUUGUUUUGGACUUUUUUGUGUAUAGUGUCUAAGAUCACUUUUUAUUAGCUUUGCAACACAUGUUUUGCUUAAGGUUUGUUUGUAACUCCAUAUAGAACAAGAAAAUAUACACCAAAUUGAAAGUAUAUUACUUAUGGUCAUGAGCUGUGCACAUGUGGUCCUGAUUUUUACUCCUCCAUUUUCAAAGAACAUUCCCAUGAACCUGAACAGAGUUUUUUAUUUCUGUCAACAUAAAAAUGAUAAAUCAUUUUGAAACUACUUACAUGAGCGAUCUAAUCAAUUAGGUGGCAAUAGUAUUUCAUACUUUCUCUAGUAUGACAUAGGUACAUCAGUAUGUUUGUAUUAUUAUGUAUAGUCUUGAGAAACAAUUUGCAAGUAAGACUUUCAUGGUCCUUUGGUACAUAUGAUAAUAAAGUGACAUGACUUGACUAAUGAACUUGUAUGUCAAACUACUGAAGAAUAACAUUAAGAGCUGAUGUAUUGAGUGGUAGAAAAGGAGAAAUGCAGAAAAAUAUCAACAUUGCCAAAAGCUCAUUCUUUCAUUCAUCUUCAAUAACUUCUUUAUCAGGGUCAGGUUCAUGGUGGGCCAAAUGUUCUAAAAAAUAAAAAUAAAUAAAUAAAAGACAAAUACUCUGCCUUCUUGCUCCACCUCAGACAUCACUUCUUCUGACCUCAGCUUGCGUUUUUCUUAUUUCUGCUUUGGCAGCAAGCUAAACAAAGGCCCAGUAAAUGUCGUAGACGGAAGUCAGGGUCAAACUCUAUUUACUGUAGACCAAUUUGUGAAACUGUAACACAAAUGAACAAUGGAAAACAAAUACUAUCUCUUACAAAGUUACAGUCACAUAGCUCAAAACAAUAUGUAAAAUUCUUAUAAAUCACCUUUACAUAACUUAGAACAUAGCGGUGUUAAGAUGAAUAAACAAUCUAGCAUCACAAUUAUGUGCCUCGAGUUACAUUUAGCAUGUCACAUGUAAAUAGUUCUCAAACAUACACAAAACUUAUCCAAAUAUACAUAAUAAUAUGUUACUGCAUAGAUUAACCUUUUAAACUUUCAGAUUGUGCUUUUCCAAGAGCAAAACAAGAAAGAUGGGUGUGGAUGCACAUCUGCACUCUGCACAAUAAGGUCUGACAUCCAGAAUGGCUGAUGAAUUACUAAAAUUGACAGAGUUCUUAAAGUGACCACUAGGUGUCAGUACCAACAGAGAGAAUAUUACCAGGGCCAGGAUAUCACUACACCAGCCAGCUCCACUUUGGAUGUCGCUCCGUCUACCUACUCCACCGAGGACAUUGCUCUGCUGAGGACGUCGUUCCUCGCCUCUGCUUCAUGGUGUACGUUGCCCCCCCCCCACCA